AUGGGGUAUUCUGCUCAUGAUGGGCUUGGCUUGGCAGCUAUUCAACAUAUGCGCUGGAGGGAUAAUAAGAUAAGACAGCAUUACUUAAAUAUAGUAGUCUACUAUGUAAAUAAUGUAUGGGAGCUCUUAAUUUGUUUUGUUCUGCAUGUGUGUGUGGUAGGUUCGAGCAGCAUUCAUGGAAAGUCAGUGGCCCAAGUGGUCAGUCGGUUCGGACCUUGUUCUCCCUUCGCCGGCACCAGUACGGAGCGGAACUUCACCCAACAGCUCCACCACGACAGCGUUCGGACCAGGUGGAUCCACUCGAGGGUGCUGCUAGACACCAGCAACCCGAACGGCACAACCCUUCCGGCCACUUCCGGCGAAGCUUUAGGUGCUCUGGAGUUCAUAGUAAAGAUAGGACUGGGCACGCCGAAAGAGGACUUCCUGAUGCUGUUCGACACGGGAAGUGAUGUGACAUGGGUGCAGUGCGAGCCCUGCCCAAGCUCCUGCUACACUCAAGAAGGCCCAAGGUUCAAUCCCUCUGCCUCCGCCACAUUCCAGUACUUCCCCUGCAAUGCAACCCAAUGCCGGGAGCUUGAGAACGAAGGAAAUCGAGCAGCAUGCGACGGAUCAAUUAGGUGCACGUAUGAGGUAAGGUACGGGGAUGGCACGGACCACUCAAGCGGCCAUUUCGGACGGGACACCUUGACGCUGACGAGCAGGGACGCGUUUGCCAAUUUUCCCUUUGGCUGUGGCCUGGAGCAGGUAGGCAAUUUCGGAAGAGGAGCAGGUCUGCUGGGACUGGGAAGGAACAAGCUGUCCCUCGUGUCCAUGACGGCCAAGUACUACGACAGCGUCUUCUCCUACUGCCUUCCAUCGCCCUCCUCAACCGGGUUCUUGACAUUCGGACCUGAUCCAGGGUCCGAAUCCGCUUCAUUUACAAGGCUGCUCACGGUUCCCCAUGUACCAACCUUCUACCUUGUGUCGUUGAUAGGCAUCAGUGUGGGAGGGAAGCCCCUAAAUAUGUCUUCUUCCCAAGGCAUGAUCCUGGACUCAGGCACCUCCUUCACAGGUCUGCCGGAUCCAGUGUACGCUGCACUGAAGACAGCGUUUCAUUCCCACAUGUCCGCUUACAGUUCUGUUCCAGGAACCAACGGCCUGGACACCUGUUAUGACUUUUCAGGGCACACGAGUAUCUUGAUCCCGAGGGUCACGUUUCACUUCGAGGGAGGGACGGAUUUGGAUCUCCAAGCCGACGCUAUCAUGAUCGGUGCCGGCGCCGGCAUGAGCGAGGUUUGCUUGGCCUUUGUUCCCCAGGCGCAGCUGGGGAUCUUAGGGAAUUGGCAGCAAAGGAGGACGCAGAUUAUUCAUGACCUCCCUCGGUCUAGAAUUGGGUUCGUACCGGGGGCGUGCAGUUGA